AUGCCUCGCCUUUACCACCGUGCGCAGCUCGGCCUGCCUAUCAAGAGGGCAAUUUGCGCCCACCUCGUUGCUAAUCCGCAGCUGCGUCACGUCGACCUUUCUCGGUGGUGCUUCACUCGCUUUGGACUUCGCCCCGACCGCAGCACGAUCGGUCGCGUGCUCAAGGGGGCUGACCGUUGGGUGCGCCCUGCAGGUGCCCCCGACGUCAUCCGUGUGCGCGGCGGUGCAUACCCUGAGCUUGAGCGCGCAAUGGCCCGCUGGAUCGCCAAUGCGGGCCCGGCAGGUAUCCCCCUGACUCUCGCCACGAUCCGCGAACAUGUCGCGGAAACGGCGAGGAAUCAGGGGAUUCCUCCCACCUUUCGCGCCUCCAUCGGAUGGGUUCGGCGCGCCUUGCGCCGUCAGGGUGUGCGCUGUAUGAGCGCCGUCGGUGAGGCGGCCGACCAGGACAUGACUGCCGUCCGGACGACCAAGGAAAAACUGCCGCAGCUGCUCAUGCAUCUCGCCGUCACCCCGAGCAACACAUUCAACUUCGAUGAGACGGCGCUAUACAUUUCGAUCCUGCCGCGUAAGACAUACGGCAGCAUCCGCACGGCGGGUCGGAAGAUAGCCAAGCAGCGCUUGACCGUGGGCUUCCUCGUCAACGCUGACGGCUCACGUGUGUUCAGGCCGUAUGUGAUCUCGAAGUCGAGGCGGCCCCACGACUUUCGCCCCGACUACAACCCGGAGGAGCUCUGCUACUGGCGGCACAACGCCAAGGGUUGGAUGACAAGCUCGUUGUUCACGCACUACAUCGAGCAGCUUGAUGCUGCUAUGUACGCCGAGGGGAGGAAGAUUGUUGUGCUGCUCGAUAACGCCAGCAGCCACACGCUUAAAACCGAAGGCGCCACGACGGAAGACUACAUGUUCGGAUUCCGCACGUGCGCGCUCGGGAACGUGCGCCUCGUGUACCUGCCGCCGAAUACGACAUGCUUCACCCAGCCCCUUGACCAGGGGCUCAUUUCAAUGGCGAAGGCGCGGUACCGCCAGCACUGGCUUCGCGCCUUCACCCGCACGUGGUCCGCUGACGGCGCAACCUCCGCAUCAGCGCGUUACCGGCCGAAUAUGCGGGACGUUCUGGCUUGGCUCAGUGAUGCGUGGAUGAACAUCCCGCUCCGCGCCAUCCAGCGUUGCUGGUGGCGCACGGGAUGCCUUCCGCGGGUUUGGGCCAUGUCUCUCCCGCACGUGCAGAUUGGCAACGGCAACAACGGCGGCACAGGUGGCAACAGCCCCAACGGCGGUACAGGUGGCAACGGCAAUAACGGCGGCACCGGCGGCGCCGCCGGGAAUGCGGCCGACAUCGGCCUCGACGCGGAAGUGAAUGGUGUCCGCCAGCUCAUUGUCGGACUCGGCCUCGGGUCGAGCGCCAUGGAAGCUGGCGAUUUCGUCGGCAUCGACGACAACCAGCCCACCUGCGCCGAGCCAGGUGUGGAUCCGCUUGCGCGGGAGCCUGUAACUGGUGCAACUGCCGAGAUGUGGGAGGCGCCUGCUAACAUGCAGGCUGUAUACGACGACAGCAACCCCGCGUGCCGUGAGGCUCGGCGGACGGCGCGCGCGGCGUGUGAGAUGCUGAUCGAUUACGCACGUGCGACCUGCAUCACCCCGCGCGACCUGUGCGCGUUGUUCGACAUCCGCAACCCGAUAAUCGUUGCGCGGAUGGAGCGCGCAAGUCCGCCAAUCGAUCUCAACUCAGCCCCGCCCACUGCUCUCACUCAUGCGGACACCCCGCAGCCUGAGACUCCACGUCGCCGUGGUCGGGUGCUGCCGGCGUGGAUGACUGUGCCAACCCCUGACUGGGUGGCGCAAUCGGCCCGCCGCCAGGAACUUAUCGACGCCGGUGCACCCGCCGUCAUGAGCGGCUACAUAGCCGCAGCCGAGUGGAUGAGGCUGUGA